GAAAAGAUCCUUCCGCCUAAACUAAUUGUCGGUUGUAUGUGAGAUACAAGAAAAUUUCAGUAUGUAACUAAUUGUUUAAACUGUGAUGUGACGAAAAUUCCACGCAACUAAGCUUCCAACUCGAUUGAGAGCAUCAAGAGUCGGCCAUCGCCUUCUGGCUCAACAGUAGAACUUCUUUGUAUAAAUCCAUAACCAAGAAAAAAACAAAAGUCAGAAGAAUAUUCCAGUAUAUAUUACCAUCUCUUAACAACAAGCUGUGUUUCCACCCUCGAAAGCCUCGAUAACUAUUUGCUUUCUGCACCCUCGAAAGUUUCGUUAACCAGCUGUGUUCAGCCAACAAUUCCUAUGUGACCAUUCUUAAAACACCCUCCUCCAUUUCCCUCUUCUCCACGCCCCUUUGUUAUUCUUUCCUCAAACCGCGUUUGUGUCAACAAUGAAGGAAGUGAGUGCUGAAGGUGGAGGUGACCAAGGAGCAGCAUCGGUUCCUGCACCCCAAAAUGGAAACAGCAUUGUGUUAACCAGGUCCAUGACAAAAUCCAAAGGUGAAGAGACUUAUAGCUAUGAGCAUGAAGACAUAGGAGAUAAGCCAUCUAGUUUUGAGGUUUGGGGGUGGUAUCUGUAUGAGUUUUGCUCUUACUUUGUUCAAACUGUUCUCAUUCCUGUGGUUUUUCCUCUCAUGAUUAGUCAGUUACAGCACCUCCCAAUGGACCCUGUUUAUGACAGCUGGUUCUUGAACCAUUCAGGCAUAACCUGUGCACAAAAGCAAAUUAACUUGUACAGCACCCUCACACAGCACACCAUAUCAAUCAGUGGUUCAAGCUUCUCCUCAUUGGAGUGGACCUCAAUUGCAUGGGGUGGAGGUCUAGCCCUAGCCGCUCCAAUUCUUGCCUACAUUUCCUUCCACUUCAACACCAACUUCCAAAACCUCAUCACAGCAGCAGCCACAGGUCUUGGAGUCUUCUUCUGCCUCCCAUCAGGCCUCUUCAAAACCUCCAAGAUCUUCAUUCCCUACAUCGCCGCCAUCGUCGUCGCCGCCACCGUCACUACUGCUUCCCACACCCACCACUUAGCCCUCAUGGUCCGUGCCCUAAAGAAAUUCUCCACCACACAAGGCGUUUCUAGUCAUAGGUUCUCUCUUUAUGCCACUGUUGCUGGCUCUUUGGGUGCAGCCAUUGUCUUAUCUUUCACUUACCACAUGCUUAGAGAGCCCAAUGAACGCGAGUAUAUCAGCCUCUGGAUUGUGUCCAUCUUCUGUGGCUUGGUUUGGCUAGUGGGGGUGUUGCAUGCAUUCACAGCUGAAAACCGAAACAGUUCUAACCCUAUUAUUCCUCUCUCAUCAAGGUUCCAACUUUUCUCCAUUUUCAAAUACCCACAUGCGAUUGGAGCGUUGGUUGCUGUUCUCCUCUCGCAAUUCGCCACGAUGAGCAUUUUCACUGGUGGGGUUCUUUACAUAGUGGGCCAACUCUGCAUUAAGCCAGUGCACUUGCUUUAUUUCUGGUUAACCUAUUUUCUCUUCCCUAUGCUUUCCCUGCCACUGCUCCACCCACUGCAGCACCUGAUCAAAACCAGUGCUGUGAAAAUGAAGAUAAUGGGGUUGCUAUUGUCACUUCUGAGUUCAGGGUUUGGGUUCUACUUCUCCAACAGGCACUGGAAGUGGCCGCACUUGAUGGUGUUUGGGGCCAUUCAAGGCACAGCGAGUGGGUUGUUGUACACUUUUGGAAGGGUUUUGGUGUUGGAGACAAUGGAGAGUGCUCCAUGCGGUGAAGAAAGUGGGUUUUCUGUUUGGUAUAGUUGGGUGAGAAGUGUUGGCCUUUGUGGGGGGUUCACAGUAGGUGCAGUGGUGCCAGGGCGCGUGAGGACCUCCUUUGGUGCUGCGUUUUGCAGUGCACUUGUUGGGAUUGUGGUUCUGCUUUUUGGAAAUGUGAGUGACUCUGGUUAUGGUGGUGGUGAUGUCAGAGAAGGUGGUGAGAUCCGUUCCCAUGACCCUGAUGCCUUGGAUUCCAAGGAAUCUUUCAGCGUCUGAAAAGUCUGAGAAAUAAUAAACCAAUGUUGUUGUUACAUUCAUUGUACAUUUCAUGCUCUCUUGCAAAAUGCAUGCAAGGUAGUGUAAUGGAUUUUGUUUCUUGAUUGGUUUUGGGUGUAUUUCGGUUACCCCGGGUCCAAAAAAUGGAUCCCUUCAUAAAGUCUUCAAAAUAUU